AUGUCUCUUACCAACCUUCUAAACCGGUUUAAAACCGUCUCCGCCCACCCCACCCCCUCAGAAUCACUGGCCCUCUCCCAACUGGCUCCAUCGGUCCUAAACCUCUCGAUCACAGAUACACCUGAACAAUGGGUUCUCUACGAAUCUUUACUCAUCUCUACACUCCGAACUGGCGAUGAUACAUCUGCCCAGUUGAUUCUUCAACGGUUGGCAGAUAGGUUUGGGAAUGAUAAUGCGCGGAUUAUGGCGCUACAGGGGAUAUACGAUGAAUGUACUGCUACGAAUCAGGCGCAGUUGGACGAAGUGCUGAAGAAUUACACUGAAGUUUUGAAGGAUGAUCCUACAAAUAUCCCUGUUGCGAAACGCCGGAUAACACUUCUUCACCACCUUUCUAAAAAAUCAGAAGCCAUAUCCGCCCUAACAACACUGAUCGAUCUAAACCCAACAGAUGCCGAGUCAUGGGCUCAACUUGCACAAUACUACUUUGAAAUAUCGAUGUAUCCGCAAGCAAUAUACUGUCUCGAAGAGGUGCUGUUAAUACUACCUAAUGCGUAUAACACACACGCAAGACUCGGAGAGAUACACCUUGUUGCUGCUGAGAGUAUUAAUAACAGUGGAUCAAAGGAGGUUGUGGAGAAACUGGAGGCUAGCCUGAGGUGGUAUUUGAGGGCUGUGGAGUUGUGUGAUGGAUAUUUGAGGGGCUAUUAUGGGGUCAAGCUGGUCACGGGAAAGCUAUUGGACUCCAAGAUUUCGACAGCCUACAGGACAAUACCGGAGGAGAAGGUUAAUAAGUUAAAUAGCGUGGCAACUGUGCAACUAAACGAUAUUGUGACCGGAUCCGAGAAAGGGAAGAAAGCAUUCAUCGGAUAUGAUUCUGCAGAAGUUGCGGCAGUGAAAGAACUACUAGAAGCGACAACGUAA